AUGGCUUCUCUUUUCCACUGUACAGCCUCAAAACUAUCAUCUGCUCAGCCUCUGAGACAUGCAUUAUUGCGGAAAAACUUGGCCGCUAUUUCGGCGUUUUUCAGCACGUCUUCUAGUCAAAGUGCUAUAAAGAAUGUUAUGGUCAUUGGAAGCGGUCUCAUGGGAGCUGGGAUUGCUCAGGUUCGAAUGAAAAUAUUUUAGCUUUUAACAACUUGAUCUUUGAUUUGAUCGAAGAAUUUAGUUGUUUAUUAAAUGUCAUGUAUUGCUUUUAUGAAUAAGUACUAAUAAUAAUCCUAAUCAUGCAUCUUCUUUUACAGAUAAUGAAAUAUAUAUGAAUAUCAUCAGUGCCAUUAAUUUUAACGAUAAUUAUUAAGUUUAUAUUAUUAUUCAUUGAAGCUUUAAAUAUUCUUUCUGUUUCUGAUUGGUUCAAAUAUCCUGACUAGUUCUUCAUGACUGGCUGGUACUUUAAUACUAACUUUGAAAUAUAUUUAGAAUAUUUAUACCGUUAUUGAUGUCAGUCACCAAAUAUCAGUGAUUAGUAUAUAAUACUAAAACAGUGGAUAGUGUUUUUCACACACUCUGAUUGGCUGAUCAAGCUCAGGAUAUUCACUGCUAUUCAGUUAUUCACCUCCAGCUCCACCGAGCGAGGGACACCAAACUUGCAUUAAGUUUUGAGCAAAAUGGCUUUCCGGUUUGCAAUGAAAUUUGGUUUGGAAGUUUUAACAGGUAAUGCUUUGUCUGCUUGACUCAAAUUUAUCAAUGAAACCAUUGAAAAAAGUUUUUUUGUUUACCAGGGAUCAAACCCAGAACCCCCACCAUUCUAUCAACUAAGAGCUAAUCCUGCCAAUGGUUUAUUAGGUUGCUGCAGCCACAAAUCAUCAAGUGACGAUGGUGGAUCAAACAAAUGCAAUUUUGACAAAAUCUAUGAGAUCCAUUGAGAAAAGCUUGGACAGAGUUGCAAAGAAAAAGUUCAAAGAUGAUGCAGAGGUGGGUAAAAAUUAAAAUGAUCAACAGGCGAUGGGCGCAGGUACCUAUUUAUAAUGUUUACCUACUGAACAUUGUUAAUGUAAUACCACAGAACUCUAUUAAUCCUCACUAUGGUUACAUCACAGUUGGAAAACUUGACAUUAUGUUACCAUUUAAUCUUUAAAAAUUAAAGAUCUAUUGAGAAUAUUUUGCUAUAUUUUGUUAUAAGUCCAAUAGAGGUGCCAGUACUGAGAUUGUCUUAAGACUCCAAAUUUAAAUAAGACAUGUUGUUACCGUAUUUAUCCGAUUAAGCACCCUGGGUGCUUAUUUAAUUUUUGGACCUUGAGAGUGGGCGCUUGUUCAGUUCAAGGUGGGUACUUUUUCUAGGUUGGGUGCUUAUUAAAUUUCACACUUUUCAGGUAGUAGUCAUUGAUUUUAUUUUGCACCAAACCAAUAAAUGAUAACAAAAUGCAAAGAUGUACCAAAAAAAGAAUAUUAACAGUACUGUUCAUUAAAGUGUUUUAAAAUACUAAGAAACCUCAGUCUGUGGGGGAAGUCUCUUAGAAGUACAUAUAUAUUUUAAUAGUCUAUUUUAAUCACCUUGUGCAGAAAACUUGAUUUUUUUGGGGGGGGGUGGAGGGGGACAGGGGUGGGCACUUAUUCUAGGUGGACACUUAUUUGAGGUUGGGUGCUUAAUUGAAUAAAAUAUGGUAUAUCAUGUCUUUGCUCAAUGUUUUAGACAUCUCAACAGCCUUCUUCUUUUUGCCAAUCUGUCAGAUGUCCUUAACUUUGAAGUCAGUAAUGGACUAUAACUGCUUUGCAUUCUAGGGUGGAAACAAAUUUGUUGCUGAUACCCUGGGUAGGAUAACAAUCACUACAGAACCCAAUACUGCAAUUGGUGACACAGAUCUGUUAAUAGAGGCCAUUGUGGAAAACAUGCGCACUAAACAUAAACUCUUCACAGACCUUGACAAUGCUGCACCCAGGUAUUUAUGAAUGGAUUUUUUGAAUCAACAAAUGAAAUCAUUUUCCCAUUAAUGAAUUCAUUAGUUUGUUAACGGUCGAGAACGCUUGACCUGCUUGACUGUAAAAGAGAUGUAAAGUUAAUCCAAACCUGGUAUAUGUGAAAGAGAUACCCAGGGUUGGACAUUGGCACUUGCCCUCUCACCUAGCACGCAAGUUCCAAAACCAUCAGGCGAGUACAAAUCAAGGAUCACUCGCCUGGCUUGGUGAGUACGGUUUUCAUAUACAGAAUAUAUUUAUUCAAAAUUGAUGUCACUUUUCGCUGUCAAUUUCAAAAUAAUCUGCGCUGUCCUCAAGCAAAGUGCUUACCAUUCUGAAAUGUCCAUCUAGUGGUGGAUACUUAGGGCAUUUGUUUGUUUGUUUGUUUUUUGCAGUCACACUAUCUUUGCAUCCAACACCUCCUCUUUACCAAUAAGAGAGAUAGCAAGUGUUACAAAAAGGAAGGACAAGUUUGGUGGACUUCACUUUUUUAAUCCUGUCCCUAUGAUGAAGUUGGUAGAGGUACAUGGCUGCAUACACGUUCUUGUUUGAUUUUAGGGUUAGGGAAGGCAUAUAACAUUUUUAUUUUCUCACACUACUGGUAGCCAUUCUUUUAUCCUUUGUUUAAAUUUUAUUUCCCAUUUGUUUUUGUUAUGCUAAUUAGUCUCGUUUGGUUAAGCAGCGAGACUCAUAAUCUGCAAGCCAUUUUUCUUCGUAUUUAUGACACAAAUGGUGUGUCAUUGUGCCAGGCGUUCCUAACGGAGACCAUGGAAAACUGGGAAUAAGAAUCCUUGCAUAACCGAAGCUAUGCAUGUUUUGCAAAGAAAGCUUAGGAAAGAUUAAAUUUAGAGCUUUCAAAACAUGUCGGUCCAUGAAUUCUAUCGCGUGAAAGUGUUGAUUACUUUGGAACAAGUGAACACAACUGAGUGGCCAAAAAAAUAAGAAUCUUUAUUAGCAAAACUGUAGGGAUGACAUUAAGAGCCGGGGGCCGGGGAUUUUCCCCGGCUACUAAGAGAGUGGCCUCUGGCUACUUUUAUGGGAAAGUAGAAGAAAAAUAGCACCAAAGGAAAUCCCUAGCCGUUUGAUUCCCCUCCUACUUGUUGUAUUUACCCGGCAACUUGAAAUCUUAGUGACAACCUUGAAAACUGCGAUGCCUGGUUGGGUGUUGUAAACUUUCAUUGUAUGCAAAUGGGUCUUGUGAUGAGCAUGCAGUUUAUUUUCGGCUGAUCUCCUUUUUUAUAUAAUUAUGUAUCAUGGUAGGUUGUACGAACCCCAGAAACAACAGAUGACACUUUUGAUGCCCUGUUCCAGUUUAGCAAAGAACUUGGCAAAGUACCUGUUUCUUGCAAGGUUUGUCCACAAUUUUAUUUUUUAAUUCAUCAACUAAUGUUUUGGUUGCCCACCCAAUCUUCCAGUUACCUGAGCUGUUCUAAUGACUGCUGCAUCAAUACAUUUUGUAGUCCUUGCCCUGAUAUUCAAGAACCUCAGUCACAAACCUUUCUCUGAGUGAGGGUCUCCAGGUGGCCUAGUGUGGGAAAGAAGGAAGAAAAAUGGGUAACACCAGAAUUGUGGGUGGAGUUUUGACAAGGUAUUCCUUGCACUGACAUUCACAAGCCUCAAUCUCAAAUAUUAUUUCUCUUUGGGUAAUUUCUAAAGGAUAAAACUGUAUUAAGAAGACACCUCUAAAAGUGGACAAAGUAAGGCCCUCCAGAGGGCCUACAGGGGCAGAUCCAGGAUUUUUUUUAGGAGGGGGUGCACUCGUCUCUUGCUGUACUUCAACACCAAUAAACCACAUAGUUUUUUUUUGCAGAAUACCAGUUGUAUUAGAAAACCGCAGGUCAUCUCGGGGGGGCACCCCUGCACCCUCCCCCUAGAUCUGCCCCGGCCUAGUGUGGGAAAGUAGGAGGAAAGGAGGGUUAUCAGAAUUGUGGGUGGGGGUGUAGUCUUUGCCCUGACAUUCACGAGCCACAGUCUCAAAUUUUUCUCUGGGUAUUUGCUUUAAGAUAAAACUGCAUUAUGCAGACGCCUCUAAAAGUGGACAAAAUGAGGGUCUCCAGAAGUCCUAGUCAAGUUGAAGAAAGAAGGAGGGGAAGAGGGUAAAACAUGUACAAGUACCGCAAAAGUGGGCGUGGAUGUGUAGUAUGAUAUGCAUCUAACAACCAUCCUGUACCCUGUUCAUAUUUUCCCUUAUCCUAUUUCAGUUCUGAUUUAAAAUUUGAUACCCUAUUUUAGAGUGUAAAAUAAAUGAAUAAGUAAGUAAGUAAAUAUUAAGUAGGUAAAUACAGUGGAACCUGGACUUAAUGAACCUCCAUAGAAAACGAUUCUCUUUACCCCAGUAAUACUAAAAGAUAUGAAAAAGAAUCUCGAUAUAACGAAACCUCGUUGUAGUGAACAAAUUUUGCAAGUCCUUUGGCCCUUCACUAUCUAGAGGUUCCCGUGCAGUAGUCAAAAUUAUUUAGAGGUAAGCGCAUCCACAAGGCGAUCAAUUCUUUGUCUACCACGUCCCUGAUUAAAUUAGAAUUUUUGAUUAUAAAUUUUGUUUUUUGAGAAGAAGAUUGCCAGAAAAUACCCCUGGGAGUAGGGAAGGUCGCCAACAACGUACAACAAACUCAAAAGAUUGCCUUCUAGCCUCCAUAAUAAUUAUGGAGGCUGGGUUCAUGCACAGAAGAAGGUGGAUCUCUCACCAUUGCAACAUUCUUGGCUCCCUAUUAUUAUGCACACUAAAGUAUCUUUUAAUGGUUAAUCAAUUUUGUUUCUUUAUAGGAUACACCAGGUUUUGUUGUGAAUCGUUUGCUUGUGCCGUACAUAAUGGAAGCCGUCAGAAUGCUCGAGAGAGGUAUGAACCGGCAGAACUGACUAGUUUCAGUCAGUUUUUGGAUUGUGGGGAAAACCAAAAAAGUAAAAAACCCUUUAACGUCAACUACCACACGUGUAUGCCCAGUCUGACAAGGUUUCGUUUGUUACAUUUCAAAGUAAGUUCCUGUAAGUAACAAACUACAUGUAGAAGUUAAUCCUACAGGACAACACUGGAGCAGCUGGCUUUGUCAAAAGGCAUAGCUGUUGUUUAGGUUACCAUAGUUACCCUUAACAUGUGGAUGGUAUGUGACACUCAUCAUGGAACAUUUUAAGGAUUUUCGAUAAGCUUUUGUUUUGUUAUUAAGGGAAAACUAAGGCGAAAAAAGACUCAUUAGACUGGGAUGCUGAAUAUUUUUUCAAUGUAAAAUGGGUGUGGAGGUUUCUACAACGGAAGUUAGUGGUUAGUAAAUACAUUUUCGAACAGCUAGGGGCUGAGAUUGGGGAUGGAAUAUUCAAUGGACACUUGCCCUUACUGUGUGAAUUCUCUGCAUCUGAUUGGGCAGAAAAUAUUUCCUGUCCAAUCAGAAUCAAGAGUAAAAGUGCUCAGACACUCUCCUGGGGUGUGCGGUCGUUUCGUAGCUUGUUCCAGUCUCCAAGAGAGCGCGUCGAGAGAAGGUGCGCGAAAACCACAGGGGACUUUUCACUGCUGGCCCGCCUUUUUGACUCGUCUGCACUGACCGAGAGCCUGGCACACCUCAAGAAAUAGACUGUCCUCAUAAUAGAAGUUGAGUCGCUUCAAAGACAUACCGUACUUUCGUUUACUGUUAGUCCAUUGUCCGAUCUACCAACUAUCCAACGCAGAAAUUAUCGACAAGAAGGGUUGAAUACAGAAAUGGAGAAUGCAGCGGAAGUAAAAGAAGCUCGUUCCAUCUCUCUUUGGUGUCAUGAAUGUAGCUCUCCGCUGCACACACUAAGAAAGUCUUGGACUUAAGAAGUUCGAUAACCGCGCAACAAACCAAUGAGUCUUUUAAGAGUCCUCAAGUUUCAUGCAAGUCUUGCUAAUACAAGCUUAAGUCUUAAGCUCACAUAUAUCUAUAAUAGCAUCACUAAAACCAAAGCUUUUUGUAUGUUUUUCAAAUUGAUGCGAAGGGAAUCUACUGCCAAACUACUCAAUCGAUAUGCAGUGAAACGAUUUGUGGCGAAAUGUUUGGUAGCGAAACGACUGCUAAGGUCUCCCGGCGGUUCUUCUUGUACUCUUUCCCCAUAACAAUUUCGCUGCCCUUGGGAUAGAGAUGAACAUUAUCAUAUAUUAUCAUUCAAUUACACACUUAACAUGUUCUUAAACAUUUUGUUCUUUUUGUCUUAGGGGAUGCGUCAGCCAGGGAUAUUGACACGGCAAUGAAAUUAGGAGCAGGUUAGAAAUGUUUUAAACCUGAAAUUCGUAAGUGACCAUAUAUUUUUACUUUGUUGGCUAAGAGAUCAGCGACAAAAAUCUUCAAAUAGUCGUUGACUGAUUAGAGUUGUUAAUCGUUCUUAUAUCUUUCAAGGUCAUCGGGUAUUCGCCGGGUCAGCGAAAAAAUUAGCCUACGGACACAGACGUAUUUCGGGUCGUCGCUUCUCUCCACGUGAUCUGUGUCCGCAGGCUACGAAAAAAUGAGUCCACAAAAGUUGAAUUUUUUUUUCAGUGCAUUCGGAGUAAAAUGCACUUAAAGCUUUUCUAUAACUUUUGUCAUUAUAGAAAUAUCGCUUAGAUUUUUUAUUGCUUCAACAACGCAUGCGCAGUAAAUGAUCGUCCCACAAUGAUGGAAGAAACUUCUUUUAAUUAACUUUCGCAUUUUGUCAGCAUUGAUUAAAAGGGCCUUUGCCGUCACUGGCACGUGAGACCUUCGGGACUCGCGCGGAAUCGCCAUCCAAAGAUUUCGGAGGCAUAAUCUUUGGAAAUUUGAGGCAGUUGGUAGCCGCUUUGCACCGACGCCCGCCACCAUAACAAUAAGAUAGAAGAGAGCGACUAGCAUUUGAACUGGGUUCGGCUCAAACAACAGUUUGACGUCUGAGCUUGGCCUAGCCCAUUGUAUAAAGUUGCUGUUUGUACUUCUAUAUUCAGCAAAAUUUUUAGGUAUCCUUUUUUUACGAUACUAAACAUUCGUGGCUUAGUGGUUUUACUGUGCUCCCAAAAAGGCACGCUUCUCAAUAACUUAAAAUAUACUGAACUGCCGAUUUGUAGCAAACAGCUAUGAAAAAAUCAGUCCACCUGUGCAUGUAUUAAACUUGUAGUAUCAAUAUUUACUUAUUUUCUCGUGCAUAAUUAAACAAACUAUGUUGGCACAUGUUCUUUAUAACAUACUUUUUCCGUUUACGUGUAGUUUUUCACCUAUCUUCAAAUUGCUAAAACAAUCUCGUUUUCUUAAAGCCUGAGAAUCUUCACCAAAAUGUAAUCAGUAAUCUAGGAAGGGAAAUUCAGUAUUCUGCUUUGCCAAGUAUUUUUUCAAAAACGUGACAAUUAAGUAGUUGGAGCGAAGGCAAAUUUUGCCUGACGGGGAGUUAACUGCUAAAUAUACCGCAUUUAGCCAACAAAUGACAACAAACCGAGAUGACCUUCGAGGAAUUAGCGGACAAUCAGCUUAGAAACCGCAUGAGUAACGGAAAGACCAAUGAAAGAUGAUUGGCGGUACAGAAACGGUGGGAAACCGACCACGAAUAAAACUGCGAGCAGCCAAAAGUGGUGGGAUACCGCUCAAGAAACCACAUGAAAGUAAACGUCUGAAAAGAGUGACAAAGAGGAUUGGCAUAAAUUGUUAAAUACAGCAACCGCAAUUUAAGAAACCAGGAAAAAGCAAAUUAAUUCUUUGUCUUCGCAAGGCUGUUAAUUUUGCGGCGUGAAAAGUUAUUUCGGAUCUGACAUCUCUUCCCGUAAGCUGAAACACACCGUGCAGUCGUUUGCGUGUAAGCCUCAUGAUGAAAUACACAACUUCAUUUAGGCUGGAGCAAAGGUUGGUAAGCGCGAAAAAGAAGAUUGCGAAGCUUGAGGCCCUCGCCAGAGAGGCCACUUCACUAAGAAGUGUCGACCUUAAUGGCCGUCCAGAGUUUGAAGUGUCGAAAAAAGUUCGGCUCCUCGACGCUUCUUGCUGCGGCUCGUUGAUGAAAGAGAAUCGAAUUGAAGAGGAAAUUAUUCUUUGUGCCGAUAAAACAGAUAACUUGAACGGCAAGUUGCUUUCUUUUCGGUGCAAAGUAGUGGAUUCAGAGCGUACGCACCACAGUUUGGAAGUUCAAAAUUUGGCUUUGCAAGAGCAUAUUUUAAGAUUCGAAGAAAGAAUUGCUGUCUUGGAACUCCUCCUUAAGGGCUCAAAGCAGCAAAUAGGUUUUCAUCCUGAAAAAGGAGAAGUCCAGUUAAAGGUGCGGGAACACACCUCCAAACUAGAAAGCCAGACUAAGAAGAUUUUAACCCGUGAUGAAGUUGAGUUGCCAGGUGAAACAAUCAAACUGAUGAAAUCAGAUGCAGACAACGAAAACGCUCAGAUUGUUUGCAAAGUUAAUGCUUUGGCGAAUUUUCGCGACGGUGAAACCGCUCGUAAUAAAACAAAAUUUCGAAGAGAAAUAUGCGGCGAGAGGAAAAUCAGUGAUGUAAGAGGAAAUGAAGAGUACCUAACCAGCGUUCGAGAGUUCUAUUCGUCUAGAAGAUCUUCUGGUUGUGAAAAACUCGAAGUGCGUCAAUUUUUAGACAAACUUCUGUCUUCGAAUGAGUUAAGUCAGAGAAAAGACAAUGUUGAGAGAAUCUUUUCAGUGGAUUUUCACACCCUUCACGUUUGGGACAAAUCUAGAAGUGUGGAGCACCAAACGCAUCAUAGAGAAAAGUUGAGUAAAUUGAACAGUGAAUCAGAGAGAGAAGUUGAGAAAGACGGUAGCACUAACACUCUUGGAAAGUUUCGCACAUCCAAACGUUUUAUCGUUGGCAAAGAUCAUCCACCUAAGCCUCAGAAUGAAGAAAAACUAUCUGCUGAAACGAAUAAAGAGUUUGCAACAGACAACCAAGCUAGUAUUAAAACUGAACGAGAAGCCGGCAUAUACAGACUUUCUCUUGGGAGUAAACACUACUCGGACCAAAUGAGGAUAGGAACUCAGUUUUCGGGUCGAUCUUUGAAGACAAACAACGAUGUCGGUAGAAGAGGACAAGAAAGAGCUAGCGACUUUCCAUUGUUUAUUACUGAUAGAAAUUUUCGCCACAGUGAGAAACGUGAAGACAGCGGUCCUAACGAUUGCUCGGAAAAUCUCUCAGUCGAACAAUCUGGAGAUGUUAUUUAUAAUUCCCAGGUGCUCGGCGCAGAGGUGGGCACUUGUCAUUACGAGGAAGGAACUUUGGAAGGAGAUCUAUUGAAAUUAAGAGCAAAACUUAGCGUACUCGAAAGUUACAUUAACAAGUUGAUCCAGGAAAAAAGUGCACUGCUAAAUGAAUUGAGUGAAACGAAGGAAACUGCCGAGAAAAAAGUUCUAGAAAAUGCUAAAUUUCUUUUCUUCCUAAGCAACGCUAGAAAUGUUAAGGAAGAGGUUAGCCGCAAGGAAGCAAAUUGGAAGGACCAGUUCUUGUUUGAAAGUGACACUGAAUAUGCCGCCGAUGGUUUUCACAAAGUUGGGGAACUCGCCACGCGCUCGCUGGGCACAGCCGCUUCCAUGUCUCAAACCGACAGUAGACAUUUGGAAGAAGAGCUCAUAAAAUUGCAAGCAAACCGACAUUCUCAACUUGAAAGCUUCCUUGAAGAAUCUCUCCGGGAUAAAACCGCGUUACUUGCUGAAUUAUACGAUACGAAGAGCAGUAGUCCUGGUGAAAAAAGCAACCAUAAGUACCUUUUUACAGCCCCAGCAUCAACGGAUUGGAGGCUUUGGUGAGCUGUAAAAGUUGUGAACAAACUUUUCAGGAAGGAACGUCACGGAUUUUCCUUGAGAUAAGUAGAGAAAUUUCCGGAGAAGUUCGAAAAUUUCGUGAAGUCGCAGCAGAUUUGCAAACAAAGUACACCACCUGCAAAACAGAGCUGGAGAAACAAAGAACGAUACUAAGUACACUUCUCUCACGCGAGGAAGCUGCAAUACGGCAGGCACACGAGGACGCGCGUGAAUUGCAGCUGAAACUCAAGAAAAGUCAUUUGGAUAUAGUGACUUAAUGGUAAAAGCACUCAUUGAAAACAAAAGACGACUUGAAAUAAAUAUUCAGGAAUUAGCGAGCUAUGUGCCACAAAAAUGUCGCUCUAGUGAUGAAGAUCUUGAAGAAAUGCGACUGCCUUGUGCAAGGAUAAGAUUAGGCGGAAGCGAGAAUUAACCCAAACCAACACGAUUCUUGAGAAAAAUAUCAACAGUUGUGAGAGACCAGGGCACUAGUUACAGAACCAGGAGCUUUCAAGAGCUCUAAAUACAAACAAAUGAACCGUUAGGGCGUAACGUCUUCGAACAAAAGGGACUCAGUUUGUUGAAUUAAAGAUUCAAUGAUACUCGGCACGUCUAUGCAAAACACGACGGGAUUGACAAUAAAUGAGGUUUCAAAACUGAAACAUUAGUGAUUCGAUUUGACGUGGCGUGGAUUUUAAGAGGACAGAUUUAGUUGAAAGGUAUAGUAAAAGAUUGUUCCGUGAGAGCAGGUAAAAAAUUACAGAAGCCUGCAUUAGCCGGCUUCCCUUUUAUGAAAAGCACCAAUAGGAAAGCUGCUUUUAAGUGGAAUAUGUACUCGUAAUCACGAGCGUGAAUACCGGGCCGAUUGUUAUCACCGAAAGAUAGAGUACGAGUAGACGCUUAAAGGCAACAAUGGCAGCGAAUGAAACUAUGGAGCAAUUGGAGAAAGACUUAAACCAAAAUGUUGUGGAGAUUAACGGCAACUGCGGGGAUGACCAACUGAAAAUCAGUGAACAACCCGCGAAGAACUCGAGAGAUGUUACAGAGGCUGCAAGCUGUGCCUCGCCGCUUGAAUCUGGAGAACAGAAUAAUGUUGUUGUUUCUGACGGAAACGCAGUGGAAGAGGUGCAUGUUGAUGAUCAUGAAAGUCCUUUACAAAUGGAAGAUGUAAAUGGAGGUGAUGCUGUUACAAGCUCAGAUGCCGUCGCAGAUGAUUGUUUGCCUCUUAGAUCUCAAGAUGACAGUGUCGAUGUUGUAAUGGACGGUAGCGACGAAGCAUCAGCUGAUAUAACUCCUCUACUGCCUGGGCAAACAGAUAGCGACGAUGUACCAAGCUUAGAUGCCGUCUCUGAUGAGUUUUCCGAAAUGAGGGCGCGAAAAGAAUCACUGCAGCGUCUAUGUGACGUGUUAAUGGAGGAGAGAGACCAAGCAACGCGUGCUCUGAAAGAAAAAGAUGAUGAAGUAUUGCGGCUAAGAAAGCGCUUAUUGGAGAGUGAAGCAGAGAAAGAGAGCGUGAAAACUCAACUCGGAGAAGCUUUGGAUCGAUCAGGCCUAGCCGAGAAAAAGGUGAUCAAUGAACAAGAAGAAAACACGAGACUGCAGACAGAGAUCAUGAGACUUACAAAAAAAGUGGAACAACUAGAGGCAGAGAACGGCAAUUUGACGAGUCAACUUCAACAAACGUCCAUAACAAACGGCGUUUUAAACGAUGAAAAUAAAAUGCCUCUUGAGUCAGAAACCGUCACGUUAUCGUACACAGGCGAACCCGCCUCCGAUGUGCUUUCCACCGUUGACGGAGCUGAAGAUAAAAGCCAAGAAAUUCCUGAUAUCGGAACUAAAGAAUCGGAGAUUGCAGAUGAGCCAAAACGUGCUGAUGGAACAAAGAAUGACGAGUCUGACUCGAGUAAUGAAGAGGUUGUGAGGAGAAGAGAGAGAGCGGCAAAACGCACCGCUCCAAAUUUUUACCGUCACUCUUUCGCGGGAAGCUUGCCGCGGCCAUUCCACAGCUUCGAGUUGCCGCGUCAGGGUUCAGUUUCUCGAGAAGAUGGCGCUCGUAAUGAAAGAUCGGGGUCAUUUCAUUCGGAUACGAGCGGCGAGAGCGAGUCGUCUGAGAGUGGUAUUCAUUCUGUUUCCGGUUUACCAAGCUUUAUGAGGAGACCCGAUAAACCUACCUUCCGCAAAUCGGGUUACAGCCCCAUUCAGUUCAGUUUUCAACCGCUACCCGAGAGUAUAACACACAGACGAGAGAGUUGGGAUGCUACGCGGUACACAAGACCAAGAGGGGGUAGCUUGAGCAGGGCCCGUGAAAGUUCCGAGAGUGAAAGCAGUGGGAUUGGCAGUUUAUCAAGCGUGGUGCACAACGAGAACGAGUUAAACUCAGCGCCAGAUCACUUAGACGGAGGGCAAGGAGAGAGCAAGGAGGAAAUUGAAUCAGAAAAAGGUAGCGUGACAGUGCAUGUGUCCUCGCUGCCUUCAACAGAUUCUCACAGCAACGCUGAGAAUUCGCAGAAUUCCGAAGAUUUGAUUUCGGGAACUGUCAUUUCGAUAGACGAAAGUCCCCCGAAUGUGUCGUUACAAAAUGGAGAAAAACUGGAUUCAAACUGGAGCUCUCAAGAUCAAGAGCACCCUGAGGAAGACGAGAAGAAAGAAAGUGUUUCUGAAUUAGUAAACAUUUGGAACAAAAAAACAACUGAAGUUCUCGAUGUAUAGCAAUGAAUAUAAUCCAUUGCCGGCCUCUAAAUCUCAACUUUAGAGGCAUAAGGAUUAACAAGGCAUGGGCAUGUUGAUGUAAUCGCCUCAUGUUUGAGCUGCUUUUUAAAUCGCUAGACUGAGAUGAGUGAAAAAUACCUUACGCGUGCUGUUUAGUCAAGUGUUCGAUACGCGCGAUGUCCCUCGGCGCGAUCAAGCGUUCGAUGUCGUGACGCUUAUAAACGUUCUUUUCAUUCUUCCGCCAAAGACAUAAUACGAGGUCUCAUGGGUCAACGGAUUAAGGCAUUAUUUUGGCUUCUAGGAAAAUUGAAGUGAGGCAUACACAAAGCUCUGGUUAUUACAAAAUGUUUGUUAAGCAGGAAAUAUUACGUACAAUAGUCAAAUAUGUGGUUAGUGGUCUAACCGAAACGGUUUUGUCAACAAGCCUCUUGACUUUUUCAGCUUUUUACUCGUAGCAUGCUAUAGACUGAUAACAUGUACCAUAGAAAGUCUCCGUACAUGUAAUUCGUAGAAAUAGGAAACCUACAAUUUCGGAUUUGAGAAUGAGAUGGAGAGAGGAAUCAGAGAAAUUCUUAAUUUCGUAAAGCUUUAAAUUUAACACAUCUAAAAUUAUAAAUAAAACAAUACCGAAGUGCUUGUAAAUUCACAAAGCCUAGCAUGACCGAACGCGUACAAAUUUUAUAGCACCGCUUCAAAUGCAUUUCUAGAGGUCUAUAAGAACUCUAAUAGGCUAGAAAGCGCUUUAAGCCCCAGUAUCAGGAUAUAAAUUCUCCAGACUGAUCUCCAUACAUUUCCUUAGAGAAUUAGUUAGGUGAAUUGGAUAAGAUAUCGAAGCAUUUUCCCUGUUGUGAUCAUUUUAUGAAUUCUCAUAACUUUUUCUCUUGAUAGUGCAUUGAUACUGUAAGGAGAAGUUGGAUGUUGGUCACUCUUGGGGUUUUAAAGGUUUAAAUAUUGGGAGGAAAUAGUGGUUAGGUGUGCAUGCCCCUUAAAACGGCUGAAAAGCUUUUCAAUUUUUUUUACGUGGCAAAUUGACUAUUUCGUGAUGAACGUUAACACUAAAAAGUCACGACUAUUGUGUUAAUUUUCAUAUGAAGAUACAGACGUUCGUGUCAUUGUAAAUUGUUUUUGCCCCAAAGCAAUAUAACUUCUUUUUUGGUUCAUUGAUACAGGUUAGGACGGCACCGAGCUUGGUUUUAGUAGUUUAAAUGAAUACUUUAUAAUUUUUUGUCAAAUAAAGUAGACUUUUUUUCCAACACAAUCAAUACCUGUUGUGUGAAACAAUCAAAUAAUUUUUAAGCUAACAAUAUGACCAAUAUAAAGUUAUUUACAGGAAUUUUUAUCGCUUCCUCGACAAACGCGCCCAUCUCGCGUGGAACCACUGCUGAUCACUCGCGCGAUAUUUUUAAAUACAGAUGUAGAGCGUAGAUUGGUGUCAAAAAAUGAACACUAUCAGUUAUUAACCCAGUAUCCCAAAGGGCGUUGGGUGAUCCAUAAACCAUGUUUGUCCAUUUUCGAGAUUGAUUCUGUUCUUUAAUGCAAGCAAUACACGCCUUUUGGAGGUCCAAAAAUUUCGGAUAAGGACAGAGAAGACUCGUCCGACGAAAACAGGAACUUUGAGAAUUUUGCACUCAAGUUUAUCUCAUAGUCUCAUUGGCCAGGGGGCAAAUAACCGGCGAAGCUUCGAGAACGCAAAGCUUCACCGGAAGCUUGAAAUACCAAGUGGAUGAAAAAGAGUACUGUACAAGUUUCAGGGACUUAGCAUCAUUGAGCUUACAGUUGUUCUAAAUGUGGCCCAGACUUUUUGCUUUUGUUUGUAUCUGUACGAUUAAAUUCGUGCACGAUCGAGUGUUAUGCUUCUCCUAAUUUCUCUGUCUCCACCUAUUCAACAGUUGAACAAGCACGAUUGAUGCACGAUAAACUUUGAAAGUUCACGGCUCGCUUUAACACCUUUUUGUGUAUACAACCCGUAUUUUACUGAAAGUGUUCUGAAUACGUACACUGUAAAUGUGAGGAGAGACAGUAUAUGUAGGGUUUUAACUAUAUAUUAGGGUCAAUUACAUUAAGCUUCGAGAUGAAUCGCUCGAACAAAAAAUAAUUUAAGUUCUUGUCAUCAGCACGUUGACCCAGAGUCAUGUUACGGUAGAGAAAAAAACCCGUUAUCGUCUGUUGAUCAUAUCUAUCAGUCUCGGUUGAAUGAGGCUUGUCUAUCGUGAUGGGUUUUUUACUGGGUUGUUUUCUCUUAAAAGCUGUUCGCUGUCUGUCAUGUUAAACUUGUCGUUUUCAUGCAGUUCAAUAGUUCUGUAUAGUCUAGGAUGUUGUGAAAGGGUUUCCAACAAAUAAUCUCUCUCGAUAUGGUUGCCUGCGUGCAGACGUCUCCUAUUUCCUUUGUUGCACGCGGAACAAAGGAAAUAGGAGACGUCUGCACGCAGGCAAUCGAUAUGGUUGUCUUCAAAUCUUCUCUAUAACGGAGCUCCACGCACGCGCGAGUGGAGCCCCUAAUUACACGUUUUAUGAAGAAAAUGUUAUAUGUGUUCCGUUCACUUUUAUUUUUUUCACUGCCGCUCAUUUUCACCUUGCUGGCCGCUAGCAUUUCUCAUUUUCUCACCGCCGCUAUAAAACUUUCUUGUUUUUCUUCCAACAAAAUUGAUCCCUUUUGUUUUUUGUCUCUCUCUGUUUUCCACGUCAAUGUAGACAUUAAGACAGAAUCCAUCAGGAAAUUAAGUAAUUUUGAUUUUCAGUGGACAAAAACCUUGUACCAGAAUAAUUUAAACAAUAUCGCAUUCUUUUUUACAUUUUUCAAGGACUAUAGAUAUAAUUAGUUAUCUGUAAUUGACCACUCCAAAAAUACCAUAACAUACCAUAAUGCUCUUUGUUUGUCGCCCCAAAAUUUUGCAUAAGCAUUGUCUUCAGUUUCUCUUGGCAGUUAAAAUGGCCCCAAGAGAAACUGAAAACAAUGCAAUUUUGGGGUGACAAACAAAGAGCAUUAUGGUAUGUUAUGGUAUUUUCUGGAGUGGUCAAUAACACCCAAAGACUAUUUUUCAUGGGAGCCCGAGAAAAAAAAUGUUAAAAUUCUGAAAAUUUCAUGUGCAAGACGUCAUUUUGUGAAAUUUGUGGGUUAUUUUCCCAUAAGAUCAGUUUCUACUACACAGUCGACUGCAAACCACGUAUAGCCAUGAGAGGCACGUUUUAUGAGGUAGAUUUUUGAAACUACGGUUCUACUACUCGUAGUUACGUAGUAUAAAAAAUAAAAGGCAGGUUGUAAUAAUACCGUAGUAGCGUAGUGGCGUAGUAGCGUAUAGCGUGUUGUUGUUCCCAGGCCUUUCGAAGAUGGCGUCCAAAAAGCGAAAGGUCGACUUUUCGGCCGAAGCUAUCUUGAGCGAAAUUAGCCAGGCUCGUGAAUUCGCGCAAAAUGUGCAACAGUUUCGGGAAAGUCUUAGUCUAGUGAAGAUAAAAGAAAUGCUGGGAACGGUGCAGACGGUUAACUUCGACGUCGCCGGCUUACUUGCACUCCUUCUCGGAUUCGAUGUAGUCAUGUGGACCAUGCUUGCAAUUAACCACGUCCCAAAAGCGUUCGACCGUUACAAGAAGUCCCGUAGUGGCAUUAUUCACAAAAUAGUCGAUUUCCUUUGCCCUCAAAGAGGGCUCACGCUUGAGAUUAUGGAAGAAGUCGUCACCUUUCUCGACGAAUUUGGUUCCAACUGGUCCUUUUUUGCGAACGAUUACACCAGCGAGUUUGAAACGGCGUUGUUCCGGCUAAAUGGCAGUGGCAAAGUAAAUUUUAGUAGGUUCAUAGCACCUCCCGUGACGGACUGCCUCCACUGUGGAUCAAUUCUCAUCGCUCCAAAUCCACCAAGCAGCGGUAUUGUGUACACAUUGCGGGGUCCACAACCGUUAACAAAGCUUAACCUACGAUGCCAAGACUGCAAGGUAAGUUUACCAGUUCCCAGUCCCGCCGCGUAACACCCAACGCAGCUAGGUAAUGUUAUCCGAGAAUUCUUCGUUGUCACUGUCACGCAAUAAACACGGCAAAAACAAAUAAAUUAGAAACCGCCCAGUGGAAGAAGCCAAGAAAACGAAAUGUUAUGAAAAAACUAAUUUAUAAACAAUUUGUCGAAAUCUCAGGUCUCUGUGGCCCACAGUUUCUGAGUUAUUUGGCGAAACGUUUCACGCACCUUUGUAGAGCUUUGUAUGGAGACGGCAAUUUCAACUUGUUCACGGCAAUUUCAAUUUGCUCACGGGAAUGUGAAUUUUUUUAACGGCAACGCUCACGGCGUUUUUCGCUUCGCUCACCACCUGUCAAUCAACUCAGUGGAAUCGUUUUUAGGAGAUACUUUUCCUGAUGUAGUUCACUAAUUUUUCUAACAAGGUGAAUGGAGCAACGAGGCAAACAAACUUAAUUACAAUUGAGGUCAUAAUUUUGCCUAGGCAAAGAGUAGCGAUUUGAGUACCGGCGAUGUGGGCAAUCUGAAUUAAGGUUUUCUUGUUCAUUUAAAAACUUUUUUUGGUAUUGAUCACCUGAAGCAAAAGAAUGAAUACAAAAAGAAGGAAUAUGUACAAUUAAGAGACCAUUCUCUUAAUCGAAGAUGCUUUCUGACACCUUUUUUUUUAUUUCACUGUACGUAAAAGCUUUAUUGUGUAUUUGUCAAUAACAAUCAAAACUGAUUUUAGAGUAUGCAUUUCAUUAUUUUUUUUUAAAAAAAAGGAUAUAAAAAGGAUAUUUCUCUUACAUACAGUGUAAAUCCACAGUUACAAUGUAGUUACAUUUGCUGUUUCUUAUUUUUAUACUAGGUAUCAUAUGGUUAUUCCAUGAUGACUAACACAAGUGGUGGCUCGUAUUACUAUCCCAAGGAGUUAAACAGUACUUGUGAUUUACUAGAAGUCUCUAAUGUCACAUACAUGGAGAAAAAGUUAUAUUGCUGGCUUCCAUCGCUAAUGUAAGUUUAUAGUGGAUAAAAUAUUACACGGUGUAUUCAUUCAUGUUUAUAUGAUCCAGUCUGUGUACCGCAUUAAGUAACAAUUUAUUGUCACAGACUUGAUGAGUCAGAGGCUUUGGUAAGAUUUCCGCAUAGCCCCUUCUGAGAAAUUCAGUUCAUGAUUAGCUUCAUAUGCAGCUGACAAUAAGGUGUACUAACCAUAUUAAAAUAUGCCACACGUAUUUUUUUUUUCAGAAAUCACUGUUUCGUAUCAUUUGAGGGUUUUUCGGUCUCCUAUAAUGAAACAUACAGUGAAGAGAUUAAAAGAAAUUUCGAUUCAGGUAAAUUUUCAAUCAUCCAUGCUUGCCAAGUUUUGUUUCUAAAUCAACAAGUUCUUUUUAAUUCCUUCUUUGGGUUUGUUAGGCGUUGUCACAGGAGAUUCCUCUGAAGGCCAAGAUAAGGCUGGCUGUCAAGAAACUGUUGGGGCUGGAUUCUCAGAUGGUAUUUUAUUUACCGUAUUUAUUUAAAAGAAGUACUCCAACUGUGUCUAAUUAUUACUUCUUAAUAUUGUUAUAAUAUUGUAGUAAGAUUUAAAGAAAAGCAGCUAACACACUAUUAUUAAAGAAUAAUAGUAUUGUGUAUUGUGUGCGAAGUAAUACCAGACAAUGCACAGAAAAAAAAGUUUGCCAGCACUAGCCACGACAAGCAACCACACCCGAAUGCAAUGACCUGCCCUCAAGAAAAUGGCUGUAAAAUGACCCAUAAAUCUUGCGAAGUGAUCAGGCGCCCAAGCAUAUAUACGACAAGAGACAGCUGGCCAGCGCUGUCUCAGGUUUAACUUAACCUAAAUUUCAUAAUAUGUGCCCACAUGCAAAAAUAAAAAGAAAGCCUGUUAAAAUAUACAUAUUUGUAGAUGAUUCCAUUACAGACUCUUCUCUGUAUGAUAUUUUUAUACCAAAGGAUGGAUGUGCCCAGGGCUCAAUUGUUUUAACAAGAAACUAGAAUCUACAAGUAUAUUUGUCACCUGAUUAUGACAAAUUAACCGACUUGAAAUAAUCAGGAAUUAAUCUGUGGUACUUGAUAAUCUUCUCAAUUACAGUAAAAUAUGCCAACCAGGAUGGUUGUAAUAACGCACCUAAAUGACUGUACUAUUAUUCUCAAACAGACUUUAUAGAGAAUGAUAUUAUUGUUGAUGAUGAUGAUGAUGAUGCAAGGGAGAACACGGAUGACAGUGAGACACCAGCUGAUACUUUAAGUAGCAGUAUUCAUACCGGUACUUUGUAAAGCUCUUUGUUUUGCGAUAACCAUGCUUCUAAUAAUAUUGUUGUUGCAAUAAAUGUCACCUAGAUAGAGAUACGAACUAAUGAAGUAAUGUAGUCUAUUGUAAGGCCAGAAAAAAGACUACUAGAGAUUUUUCAUAAAUAUCACAGCAAUUGAAAAUUCAUAAAACUAUCGCAAUAACACUAUCCAGUUGUGAAGGAGCUGCUCGUAAGGUCUCUCCUGAUUAGUUGCAGAAAACAAUGACAUGCCAUUCUUUCAAUUGUUUCAGUCAUUUGUUUGUGGUCUGGGCCAGGCACCACUGGCGACGUCUCUUCCGAUUACCAUAGUAUUAGCCCUCUUGUUUGUUAUACUACAAGUAGAUUUCUUGCCUGUAAAUAAGACAUUAUCCCUUGCAAUUCAUCAUUUUAUUUUGCAGCAAGUUAUUAACUGGGUAUUGACUCAAUAACACUAAUGGGACACUUAUUCUGGGCAGUGCAUGGAGAUAACCAAAGCUGGGUCCAACUGCAUGAUCAAUACAUGAUUUUGAGGAAAAUGAUACACAGACAAGAAUAUUUAUCACUAACCCAUUAUAAACUUCUGUAGCUGUAGCUGUAGUAUAUGUUACAUUUUUAACAUCUUUCAGGAAAGGACAGUGAUGCUUCCUCCACAUUAAAGCACAAAGCUGACAAAGGUGAUGCUUGAAAUGUCAUUUUUAAAAAUAUUAACUUGAAGACUGUACAACGUAGCGGACCAAACCUGCUGAUAUUUGCAUGGUCUAGCUCCAGUACUGGACUACUACUGGUCAAACGUCAUGUUUAUUCUAAAGCUGCUUAUUGGAAGGUUUAAUAUUUAUUUAUUGUAUUUAGGACAGCAAAAUUAUUAAAUAAAAGUUUUUUUUCAUCAUAGCACAUCUUCCUGGGGAACUCGACCGCAAAUCAGUAGCUAGGGCGUUCUGGGAGAGUGAACUGUAUAAGGAGCUCCUGGAAUGGGAUCUUGUUGAGAAGUGGGCAUUUACCGUUGAGCCAAGCUCCGAUGAUUUCACUGGACCCAAAGAUGCUGCAGCUGAAUACAUUGUGCGAAGCAGGGCGGCAUCAAUGUAUAGUCAUGAAUGCCAUGAAGGAUGUAAGAACAAAGGUGAACAUUUUUUCAAUCAUUAUUAUGAUGACUAUUAUCAGCAGUGGCCAGAUUGAUCUAGCCUAGGCCAGACAAGAGGAAAAGCUCUUUCAAGCGCUGCACAAACCUUACACUUAAAUGGUGCUGCCUGGCAAUGGCAAUUUUUUUGACAACAGCUGGCUUGGAGCUGGGCUAUGUCCAGCUCCAAGCAAAAAUAUAGCAGACAAGUUUUAACGAAAUCAGAUAGACAGAUAUAAAUAAUUACCAUAGGUACCGUCAUCAUAAAUUAUCUAUUAAUCAUUGUAUUUGGCUGCAUCAAGGCACACUUUUGCCUAUGUCAUUUUCCAUGUUACUUUUUAACUAAAGAACCACCAUUUUGUUGGAAAUACACUUCAUCAUGCCCACAGUGGCACAUCUACGGAGAGAGACACCACCUUAUUUUUAGACAAAACUGAAGCCUACGGGGCCUACAACAAUAAUUUAAAGGCUGCACCCUCUCUUAUCUUAGGGUCUGGAUAAGCAGGACCCCUCACUUUCUUGAAGAUAUAAAUCUGCCACUGCCCCAAAUACUUUUGACAUAUUCAUAACUAAGGAAUCACAUUAGAGUUUUUGUACCCUAGAAAUCCUUUCUCAAGUAGACCUCUUAACACCAAUAAACUGAUAUCUGCAUGCACGGAUGCCCUUUUCUAUUCACUUUACCUUAGGAUGUGGAAAGCUGUAUGUUCUAGAUGGAAACUGGAAGUUAUGUUAUGCACACUGUAUGUUCCCAGUCUCGAUAAGCAUACCAGGUUACGAAACCGAAAUCAACUACCCAAAUAUCUGCCCAAGAAGUCCAGAGUACCAGUCUGCGUUCUGCGAUAGACAUUGUCAGGUUGUAAAGCAGAAAGGAAUACCAACUGAAUUAAGAACGUUUCUGGAUUACUGCAGGAAUAAAAAACAAGGUAACUGAAUUUCCCCUUCUUUCAAGGUCAAAAAAAAAAAAGAUACCACUAUUGUAACUUGACAAGCAACAACAAGUACCUAUUGGUCCUAUUGGACAAUGUUGUGGAUGGUCUCAGUGACCGUAAUGUCGCCUUUAGACAUCGAUAGCUAAAUGAAACCAUUUUAAUAUAAAAGUGCAUUGACUGAUGAUGAUGAUGAAGUUGACGGUUGCGUUGCUCCGUUGCCGGUGAUCUAUCCCUCCUGCCACGCGACUGAGCGCCUUUCCGCCCGCAUCCACGUCACGUAAGUUAGUGUCAUUUGUGAAGCUUCACAAGCGGAAAGCGCGAAUCGUAUUACUACUGAGAAGAAGCACGUGUUUCAUGCAGUAACAUGAAGAUGAAGUGUUCAAAAGACAUUUUGAUAGAACUUAUUUUUCUAGGAGAUUAAAAUUACAUUAUAUUACAUUUACAUUUUACAGACCCUGAAAAUGUACUGAAAGAUAUUGAAAGCCCUGGUCACAGUGUUUCCGAAUUAACAGAAAAUGCAGCCGUAUACCAAGGUGUGUACAUGAGGUUUAAUGUUUAGGAAGUAUUACAACCGCGGACGCCUUUUUAGCACGUACAAGUCUAGUGUUUUUCUCGUAGUAAGCGAUUCACUAUAACCACGGAUAAUUUUGUUGUGUGUGUACAGUGUUUUCCCAGUCCCUCGUGGUCAAUUUAUGUGACGUGACCGCGCGGAAUAAUGGGACUUAGGGACUACACAACUGUGUGUGUAGUUCAUUAUUUUAAAUUUAAAUUUUAAGAGCCGUUAAAAGAUAUUUUCUCUCGGUAUAGUUCUGGCCCUGAGGAAGGCUAAUUUUGUUAGCCGAAAUAUUGGCCUAUAAUAACUCAGCCCUUUGCCGUAGUGCCAGCCCUACAUUGAGUUUUGUUUUAUUUCACACUUCAAGUGACGUCUGGCUACUGCAACUCUUUUUUUAGAGAUCCGGCAAGAGGAACCGGUCAGUUAUAUUUACGCGUUGCGUGGACCUCUGCAUUCAAACAGUUUUUCCUGAGUGUGUACGUUAUAUGUGGGUUCAUCACAAAUAAUGUCACAAAGAUAGCCCAGUCUAAAAAAAAGUACCUUUCAAUUGAUUGCGAGAAGACGUUUUUCGCUUGGUCGCUUUGCUACAUUUUGAUUGAUUAGCAAAUUUCGCGCAAAUUUAUUGACGGGUUAUGUGUUAAAACAAACUACUAGUCACUUAGUCAAAUUCUGGAUCGAUCGAUGCGCUGUUUUCGUGUUGCAGUAGACAACAAUAAUAGUAGUUACCGGUGUUAAAUUGAAGAGACACUUAAUAAUAAUAAUAUCAUUGUUAUUAUUAUUAUUAUUAUUAUUAUUAUUAUUAUUAUUAUUAUUAUUGAAAACUACUCUAUAUGUUGUCACAUUAUUGGUUUAAGGUACCAGAUCAUUCAUGGCUGCAAAUAUGACACUGCUGAAAGAUUGCGAAGAAGAGGUUCCGGUGCAAUGUAAUAAGGACACCGUCGGUAAGAGGCGUCUCCAGAAGUGGUCAAGAGGAAUUUUUCUGAUAGCCACAGCUGGUGGGCACAUAGACUUUUGGCAGCCAUUAUACAAGUAAGAAUGUGAACAUCAGUAGGUUUUUACAAGUAACGGCAUACAAAUACCUACCUGACUAAGCAAAAUUCCGCGGAAUUCCAAUGGUUGAUAUUUUUGCAAGCUUUCUUCGCUGUGCUGUAUUUUGAUAAGGGGUUGCACUUAGCAAUUUUUUUUAAUUACCUUUUCCUGCGAGGUGGAAAUUGCUCUUUUCAAACCAGUUAGGCAAAAAUUAAGAAAUAAGGAGAAACAGUUUGAGGGAUAAAAUAAAUAAGCAAAGAAUUCCCAUCCCAUGAAAUUCAACGGUAUUUUUAAUGGCUUACUGUUGACCAUUUCCAAUAGAAGCAUUUACUUAUUAAGGAUUUGGCAUCUUGGUUAAGGAUCAACAUUACAUAUGAGUCAAGUGACCGUUCGCUAAAGUAGAGUAAAUAACAAUUAUUAUUAAACAACUACACGUUUACUACAUAAACAAAACGUUUAGAAAAGUAUGCUGUACGUUAACGUUUAAGAAAUAUCUUACCCUUAAAAGUUACUGAAAUGUAUUUGACUGGGACAGAUACUUUUUGUUCUACAGGUCCGAGUCACCAUCACAAGCAUUUCUUAUAACCAUUGUUUGGAUGUACAAUAAAUUUAAACAAAUGAAGGAAAGUGGAAAGAGUGACCAAGAAGUACUGAAGGCCAUGGAAGAGACUGUAUUGGCAUAUGAUAACAUGUGUCAUCUUGAUUCCCUUCGUGCCGCCAAAAAAGAUUUACCUCUCCCACCCCCAUUCAACAAGAUGUGGACGACUGUUGAAAAAGUCAUUGAUCGGCUGCACUUGAAAAAUCACAAAGAUCCGUCAUGCAAAGUUAAUUACGAUCCUGAUCAUAUACUAUCGAAGUCCUUCAACACAAUGGCAGCCGAACAAGUCAAUGUUUGGGCCAGCAGGCUAAAAAGAAUUAUGGUGGCUUUGCCCUACGUCCACCAUAUGUUCUUUUUUCACAGAAUGGUUAAGAGGCGAAACGCAUACUCACAGUUUUGUUACAGCACUGGCAGACAGCCAGUUGUACCCAAAUGUGCUAAAAAGUGGUUUGAACGAAGUUAGGGAUACUUUAACUGAUGCUAAAAUAAACCCGUACUCAGGGUUCCUACAGGGUUUUGGAUCCAAAAGUCACGAAUUAUUCCCGAUGUUUUUCCAAAACAAUAAUUUCCCUCUCCAGACUCAAAGUUAUCUAAUAGGGGAUCGGUAGACUGAACCUCGACAAACGUAGGAUCCACCCAUUUCGCAUGAUACACUGCAGACAUGCAGUAACCACAGUGACGGCAAUUGCGGACAUAAGAAAAUUCUGAAACUUUUCAUUCUUUGAAAUAGGAAUGUUUUGGUUACAGACAAGAUUAAAUUUAGAAAAAAACGCAUUUCAUUUCUACAGACUUUUUUCCAAGUCUGGAAAAGUGCUUCGCAGAUUCAAGACUGUACGAACCCUGUGCACCAAAACCUUGCCUGUCGUCGAAGUAUGAAAAGACCACCAAUAACUAGUAAAGUCAUCAACAAAUGUAAAACUCAAUUAAACUACAUUUCAGUAUGAUGUAAAGUAAAAACCCGCUUAAAGGAGCAUAAAGGUUAAGAACCUGUUAGGCUAAAAUUUUCAUGUUAAACCCCCUUUUCAUAACAACCUAUUUAGUCUAAAAUUUUCAAUAGGCUCUAAUUUUACAAAAUGAAGGGUCAGAUGCAUGAUGAUCGCAUCAAACCCCAAGCGCUUGAGGGCUAUACAUUUUACACCUGCAUGAUUGGACACUGAUUUACUGCCUGUUCAUCACAAAAUGUAAACUGUAUUCUAGAAAUUAAUUAAUACAGCAAUAUAUUCCAUAUCACUGACAUAUGCCCUGUAGUAGUUAUCUGACCUGAUCGCUAGUGCCCCUAUCAAUUAGGCUAAUUAACUGGAAAAAUCUACGUUCUCAUACGCGGGUUUUUACUGUACCUUGAAAAGAUUUAUCAGCCUUUAGUUAUGUUAGAGAGUGGGAACCUUAUCAUACCCUGGUUUUUGGUACCAAGAUGAUAGGCACCUGAAGAUAUCCCGGUUUUGUCUACGGGUAUCAGUAGCGCCAUUUUGAAUUCAUUGUAUGACGACGUCAUUACCUGCUACAAGUGAAGAAUACCCGUUUAUUCGCGAUGGUCCACAGGUUAUAACUGGACAUGGCUAAACGGGUGACCUAUUGCUGCAAUCUAUUUGCUUUAUCUGUCAAGAAAAUCAAAUUAUCUGACUUGUAGAACUGCUUAACCGAGGAGAGUUUUGCUGUCAAUAUUAACUUCCGUGCGCAAAAAAAAUAGUGUUUUUAACAAAAUUAUAAAAACACUCAUGUCUAUAGCUAUAAUUGUCUACAAGUUUCAGUAAUACACCUUGAGUUUAUGUUUUUAGGUUGUUUACAAGCUAUACUGAGUUUCGCGGCUCAGAUGCCUUUGCUGGAAUGUUUUGUGCGUAAAACAAGCGUGGAAAGAAUAUAACUACAACUAAACUAAGUCAGUUAUUACAUAGUAAGGAAAGCUUAGCCUUACAAGGUUUAAUUGUUUCAGCCUUUUCAGUCACAGUGUAACCGGUGUACCGUUCCUCAGAGUAGCGGGUACCGCCACUGGUGAUCUUACCCGUACCGGAAACCAGGAUAUCCUGAGGCCUUAGACCCACUACCCAAAACCACCCAACGUCGCUAACGCAACCGAUGUACUUGGAUCUACUUGCGCGAUCGUUUGCCUGAAAAUGGAUAAAUAAAUUAUAUCAUUGUGGUUUCUGUCCCUGUGUUAAUGUAAAGUACAUGUCAAGAUGUCAAGCUAAUGACUUAAGCUUAAAAUUAUGAAAAAGUGAUAAACAAUGCGCAAAAAGGAGAUGAAAUUACAAUGCGGUCUGAUACAGCAACCUUAAAGUGGGGAGGGUUCACGCUAUGCCUUUGGGUUAUACAGAGGCUUCGUCAUACCUUUGAUAAUGCCACCAUGUAGCUUGUCCAACAGGUGGUCGACUUCGUUCUUUCUUUUUCUUUCUGUAAUUUUGAAUAGAUAAGUGUUAGCCGAUCACAAUUUCAAAAGGGAUGUUUUAUAUCGUAUUGUGUCACUUGAUGGCGGCUCAUACGAAUAAGAUCAUCAGCUUUGUGAAAAGAAGUAAAAUAAAUGUACAUAUUUUCGUAGCUUGCAGUACCACAGUAAACUUAUUUUUCCUAUUAACAUACGGCGGAGAGGAAUGUCCUCCUGUCAUUAUGCAUCGUGCUGAUAUGAACGAAAAUGUGAAUCGACAUGUUCCAUCUUUCUGGCUGAAAUAGAGGGCGCUUGUCAAUGCAAGUUUCAACCGGGUAAUACAUAAUAAUUCCGAUUUACCUUCUGAGGUAGACAACAUCCGCGAAAAUGCUUCGGCUGCGGGAGUUUUAACAGCUUUCUCUUCACAUGUUUGCUUCCUUAGCUGCUGCUGCAGCUCAGAGAUGGUCCCUCGUAGCUCUUCUUCUACAACCUUCCAAUUUCUUUCUUUGUCAGCGAAUUUUUGCUCCAAAUCCUUCAUCGCUUGUUCAGUAGCGGCGCAUUUUAGCUUUUCUCUAUGAAGGGUUUCUUCUAACACUUUCUUUUCUUCCAUUAGCUUUGUACUAUGUUGCUGAACAGCAUCUAAUUUCUUUCCAAGACGUUCUAAUUCCUGUCCGUCAUGUUCUUCCCUUGCAGCGCUGUCCUCAGGCUUUUCUUCUUUAUCGGCAAGAAAUGCUUUAUAAAAGAUGAAGAAAGAAAAUCAGGCCUAUCUUAACUUAUCCUUUUAACAACAAUUUUGUAAAUACUAAAUUGGUUUUGAUAAAUUUUUCUUAUUGCAGCAUUGCUAUAUACCUUCAUCAACAAGCUCGAGGGUGUUGUCUGGCACCAGAACCCUUGGGAUCUUUACACACCGUCUUUGCGUGCCACCAAAACUACCAGAAUGAUCCACCGAAGUGCCAGGCAUUUCACUGAUUUGUCGUCUCAACUUUGUGAGGUUAAAUGUUCCUUUUGGCCCCAAACGCUGUUUGAUAAACGUUAACACCUCUGGUAAUAUGAUGUGUAGACACUGUCCGUCACGAGACUUGACGUCAUGUUUUACGAAUUUCCUCAGUUCCUGUAAAAAAACAACAACAACAACAACUACAAUGCCAUUCAAAACUAGGCUGCAUUUCCGCCGUCUCCCGGGUCCGGUCUUUGAUCAAGCUUAAGAUAAGCUUGUGGGGAAAAACUAUUUUAACACCGAAAUAAUGUAGUUAUAAUGUAGUAUUCGAACUUUAACUUGAUAUACAUUUUCACAUCCCAAACUAUUACAGGUAUAUAUGUUACUGCUUUACAUGAGUAGUUUCAGACAGUAUGAUUUGGGUCCAAUUAUAUAUUAUUUUGGCAAAAUAAACACUGAAAGAGAGUACUCUGGCUAUGUAUUUACUUUAACGUUUGGGAAUACCUCAAUAUUCUUCGUGACUUGUAAUGUUUUGUGGAGACAUUCACAGAAGUCUUGAAAGCUUGAAUCCUGGGCAGCCACGUCACAACUACCACCCGUUUGGACUAUGUUCCUUACAUAUGGUAGAAACAUGUUGUCCAGGUAAUUUUCAAACUCCUCCGCUGAAAUCGAACUGUUAUUACUUUCAUCUUCACCUGCACCAUAGCUUUCUAUAAUCUAAAACAAUAGCAAAAGACACAUUGAUUACUAAGUGUUAAUCAAAAAUGCUAAAAUUGGUCUUCUGCCGUCGUUUUUGGCCCUAUUUGGUAUUUGACAGGCAGGUUAGGUGGUUUUCUGUCCAAACGUGGAUGGAUUUUUUCUAGUUUUUGGCGCAAGAUUUAAAGUCUAAUUAUCAACGAUUUUGAAAACCAUAAACUUGUAAAAAUACAACUUCUACAGAAAUUCUGACGCCAGAACCAGAUCCCCACUGAUCCAUAGUUCUAUUUUGCUGCCAAGUUAUUGUGUACUUUUAAUCCAUCAUGGUGUCUAGUUUAUUGAUAACAUAUCUCACAACGCACUUUUUGAAGUAUAACAUCUUGUCUAGUUUUCGGGUUUCUCUGUCGUAUCAAACCCGUAACCACCCGUGCGGAUGUACGUCUUUUUUACCCGUUGUGACGUCAUCAGUUUUGAACGACCACAUUUUGAGAACGCAUGUUUUAGGGACCUUUUAUGGGGGAGGGGGGUGCUGAUGGGAUUCGGCGGGUAGCUCCUGCCUGUAGAAUGUGAUGCUUCCCCCUCUUCAUAAGAAAUCUUUGGGCAGCUCCCCUUCUAUCUCAAAUUAAUUGAGAUGACCCCCCCCCCCCCCCCCCCAAAAAAAAAGAAAGAAAGAAAGAAAGAAAAGAAAAGAAAAGAAAACUGAAAAAGAAAGACAGAGAACGAACAAACAAAAGAUGAAAAAUGACUAAGUUUGUUACUUUUUUUCUGAGGGAACGUUCAUAUUUGGUAUGCUUUUAUGCUUUUUUGCAUGUUAGUGGGGUAGAAAAACACCUAAAAUUCACCCGAAAAUUCCUUUGAAAUCUUGUCUCAUGCACUACCCAACUGCAAUUCUAUCUUAUCCUACCAUCCUAACGUUUCAAAUGCCAAGCAGAAGAAAAAGAUAGAGGAGAGACAGCGUAUUCUGCGCAUGACGAGAUUCGGUAGCUGACAUGCCUAGGGCAUUCUCAUCCCCAGAGCCCGUCGUUUCUUGGUCACGUGGUCUUUUACAAAUUAAGCCAAGUGGCUCUGGGGACGAGAAUGUGCGUAAGGCUACAUGUUACAUGAAGCAGCAUUUUAGGCAGUUUUGGUUGUUCUUGACUAGAUGACCAUAAAACGGCUCGACUAUCUUCAAAAGGCCUUCUUCGGCAAAUUUCCCACGGGCGAAUGGGAUAAUCAAGAUAAAGAAUUGGGGGAUAAUGUCGCUGUCACUGUAAGGAUUUACGCCAACAGUACUGCAAUUGUACAGAAUUGUUUCGGCAGUGUAUAAUGAAAUGGCGUCUCAUCUCAAUCUCUUAUUCCUUUUUUGUGGCUGUAGGCAUGGACAAUUGGUGUUUAUAUAGAAAGACGUUUUAAAGUUAUUUAACGUGUCCCACAGAUGUACGUACGAAUCAACGAGCAAAACGCACCUCGUGUACAAUAGCCUUGUACAGACCAUAAAGUUUAUGAAGUCUUGGUGGUAGCUCUGGAUCUUUAUGUUGAAAAAAAAAAUUUAUCUGUUUAUCAACCAAAUGAGUGUUGCUGCACAGCUUAGUGGCUAGCUGGAUCACCCAUGGGAUGCAUUCAGUCGUGCACAGCUCGUUCAGAUCUUGUUUGGAUUGCCUGUACUUCGCCGGGUCUUCCGGCGGUUCUGGUUUCUGGUAAACUACAGGAACAACCCGUUCGAAGGAUCUAUAGAAAACAAUAUUAAAAGAUGUGAGAUGUGAAAUUUAAUAUCACAGAAGUACGGGAAACUAUACCAGAACUUCAACUUAAAUGUAAUAUUACUACAAGCAUGGACAGAGAUGCCGAAAUAUGUACACAGAACAAUUUUAGUUAACUGAAUCCUUAAAUUAUAAUCACUGCUUCAUUUCAGGAACAAGUUCUAUAGCAGGCCCUUGCAUGCAAUGGCAUCACUGGGAGGAGACAUUAUUCUUUCAGGAUCAGAAUCUGAAUUUAUAUGACUAUGAAGUAAACAUUACAUAUACAUUAUACCUUAAGUCCUCAUCUAAAUCAAAGUUAACUGCCAACACAACAUUUGUCACUGGAACCUCUUUCCCCCUGCCUUUUGUGCGCUUGCCCUUUGAAUCGAAUGAACCAGCUAAUACACCCUUCACUGUGGAUGGAUAUGCGGGAUCAUCCCAGCACAAUGGUACUGUAGUCUUCCAAAGGAGAGACUGUAUAACCUCAGCUGUUGCUUGAGAUUCCACCUUACAACCAAGCAUUUUGGAAAUUACUUCAAUUGUUGUAGACUUUCCUGAUCCUGGUGCCCCUAUGGCCAUUGGAGCUGGACAAGCAUCUAGAAAUUGACAAAAUAUUUUAAAUAUGAAGUGACAUAUAGCCCAGUUACUUGUAAUUGGCAAUGUGUGUCAAAAGUCAUUGAAACAUUUCUCUCAAGUGCAUUGAAAUUUUGUUUGCAGAAAGCUGAAAAACUCCUGCAUGUACAGUGUGUGGUCGUGAAUGUUUUUUUGCUAUGGCUCAGCUUGAACAUACACAACUUACCAGCAAUCAGAAUUGAGUAAGGGUAAUGGAAGCACGCAAUGGCACCAGCCAUCAUCAUAACUGAUUGAUAAAAGUUGAUAUUAAACACAGGUAGGGCCACAUCUAGAAAUUUCGUCCAGCUAAAAGUAUUUAGGACUGGAGAAAUUUGAACUUUAAACUCGUUAUUAUCACUAGGUCCAGCACCAUAGCUGUCCAUCCAGACAUACAAUGUUUCCUCCUCUGGGAUUAAUUGUCCUUUCCCAUUCAUCUGAAAGGAGAACACCAUUCUCUGUUAAUAGCCCAGUUCAGUGCAAAAAGUGCUCAGUGCUCUCAAAAUAUUUUUAGAGAGGUCAUUCCAUUGACUAAAAGUCAUUUUAAUCAACUAUAGAUAAUGAAGACUUCACAAAAACAAAGCUGGUUAUGAAAUGGUCAACUGAAUAUUAUACCGAGCAGUUGAACUUUUAAUCCCACAUUUUAACUGACCUUAGCUAUUACUGUCUAGGUUUAGCCGCUAUUAUGAGCACGGCUGGCAGAGACCAACCACAUUUCUUUCACCACAGUGAAAGGUCGUACAUACUUUUACGUGAAAUAGCUACCUUAAACUGGAGAAAAAUCAUUUUACAGUCGGUAAAGUGUCCUUUUGUAUCACAUCAUCUCAAUAUUAACCCUUUAAGCCCUAAGAGUGAUCAGCAUCAAAUUUCUCCUUGUAAUAUCAAUGCUUUGUAAAAUAGUGUGGACAUAAGAAUUACAAACAUGAUUGCGCAAGAUGAAUUUGCUUGAUAUUUUAUCAACUUCUCCUCACUACUUCUAUAGGAAAUGAAUAGGGGCAACAAAUGAGAUUUCAAAUUUUGAUCUUAGAGUUUAAAGGGUUAAGAGGUUUUGACGAUACCUGCACCGACUCAUUGAAUACGUAGAUGUCCUGUUCCGGCAGAUGGUCCUUUAUGGAGAUUUCAAUGGGCUGUCUACCCACAGUCGUGACAGCCUUGUGUACUUUUCCAUUUUGUAAAAAAUAGUUUCUUGUCAUAGUUUUCAAAAGACCUUGUAGUUGUACAUCCUUUACAUCUUCCCAGAAGACACCUCCACAAUCAGCCAAUGCAUUGUUCAAUGAACUUUUGAACUUUUUGGCCGAGUCCAUAUCUAGACAUGAUAUGAAGCACUUUCUAGAAAAUAAAAGUUUGACAAAUGUUACAUCGUGACAUUUUAAAUCUUUAUUAGUAUUGCCUAUUGGCUAAUGUCAUCCAAAAUCCUAUACAGGGCAUUCUCAUUGCUCAAACGCCGAGCUCCUGAUAUAUGUCAGGGGGAGGAAAUUUAAACUUAUCAUGUAAGUGCUUGGAAAUUGUUUCCAAGUUGUUUUAUUCAAACUGAUACAGCGAUAGAGAAGGUGUUUGUUUGAAAGGGAUUUCUUGUGUUUGCUUGACAGUCAGGGUCCUAGUCAGUCAGACGAAAAAGGCUACUUAAAAUGUAAGGGUUUGAAGAGUGUAUUUUUCGAGAGUGGAUGGCCAUGGUAGAGUGUAUUUUUUAAGGACACUAUGACAAUUAAAUAUAGUUUCCCGGGAGGCCACACUUGCGUGACCUCCACCUGCUUGAAAGUGACCUCGUGUCAAUUAAGUCUAUAUACCUGCUUUGAACUAAAACGAAAAAAAAAUCAAGCAGUUUUGAGAACAAGAAUUACGAAAAGAAACUAUCAAUUUUCUGUGUGAUCGAUUACCUUGUAUACACGCUUUUAGUCGAUUGUAGGACAGACCAAAGGAUAACAGCUAUCAGAAGACUUACUGUUACGCGCGUGGUCGUAAAUGCAGAAAUAAUUUUAAUCAGGGGCACGCAAGGACUGUUUUCUGUAAAAUAUCUGUUUGGAGAGGCAAAAAUUGCCUAGAAUUUUCUAUAGCUUGAGGAAGGCUAAAAAUUUCUAGAUGACCGUUCCUUUCAUGUACAAUUUUCGUAAUAUAUCUAAUAAAUUCCCUACGAUUUUCUAAAAUUUAAUUUUUCGCAUUUCAGUACCCAAGUUAGCCUAUUUUUCGCGCUGUGGCUAUAUGGCCGGUAUAGUUAGAUUAGUUAGAAAUAUUUCAAGACAAGUUUUACCUUCAAGUUAACUUAAAGCUAUCUUCCCACGCAACAUAAUUAAGAUUGAUUGACAAGUUUCGCCUUUCUCAAAGCUCAAGAAACCGCAAGUAGCCGCAAGUCAAGGAUGGUUUUCAAGUCGCUUGAAACUUUCUUGAAUCGUUUCAACCGCAAAGUAAAGUUACUUGAGAUUUUACUUAGGCCUUCACACACGAAUUUUUGGUUGAGUAAAACUUAGCAGCUCUUAAGUCUUCCCCGCCGCGCCGCUUUCCAUUUAGGAAAAAAACCCGGAAAUUUCGGUGGUAGCAAAAGUGGAAUUUCCGAUUGGUAAAAAGUUGUUCCAUUUGGUCGUAAACCCCGGUACGUGGCGGUGCCCGACCGUGGACCUGGAACUGGUACAAACUACGUUAAACGUAAAUGGCACACGACAUUCCGUUGGAAAAUUCCAACCGGGAAAACGGGACCACCUUUUUAGAUUUUCCACUUUUUCUGGGAAUUUUCCAGUGGGACGAACCGACGAAACGUGUUCCAUUUACCGCCGAACCGGAAAUUCCGGAAAUUUUGACUAAAUGGAAAGCGCCCAUAAUUAACCUUGAAGAGUUUUAUACCUUUUGCCCAGCAACAAUGUUUUGAUUGGUUCAGAGCGCAAAGUGAAGAUUUUCAAGUCGCUCAGCAACAAAGUUUUGAUUGGUUUGAAGAGUUUCCAUUUUUGCUCAGCAACAAGGUUUUGAUUGGUGCAAAGUGCACUCUGGUAUGUUUUUUAAUCAUAGCACUGUAGAUGCAGAGGUUCUUUGCCUUGAAAAUUUCUUUACUUUCUUUCUCUCAGAGCUGCAUUUUUUUUUUCGUUUUAGCCCAUUGUAGUUCAUUAGCUUAUUUUAGGCCAUAAUAAACUUCGUAGAAUGUCAUUUCCCGUUUUAGUAUUAAAAAAACCUAAUUAAAUUACCAAAUUCAUCACGCGGCUCCAAAAUUUCACAAGUCAAAAGAUAUAUUGUACAUUUCCCAAAGUUUCGGUAAAAAUAAAUAAUCCAUGAGUAUAGAAAGAAAAUAUCAACUUACUUCGACACAUUGUUCUCCCCCAAAGUCUUGUGGACUUGAAAGAUGUAUCCACUAUGCUUGUUAAGUGCACCCUGGAACUGGACAAAACUCUCGAUCUCAAACCAGAAGUCAGCAACGCUCUUGUAAUUGCCACGCUUAACCUUCUUGUGAAUGCAAAAUGACCCAUCUGCUGCCUUUUUAAAGCUUAACGAUUUUACAGGAGAAGCCAUAGUUUCCAAAAUCAAAGAGAAAUACAGGAACUUGAGGAAUGACGUUUAAGCUCGAGAAAGUGCCGAGAAAUGACACGCUCGUCGAAGGACUGAAAGGUGCAUUUGGCGCGAGUUUCCAUGAACACACGCUUAUAUCGUCGGUAUUUGCCAGAAAGAGCUCGCGGCUCUGGAAAUACCGUAUUCCACGCCCCGCCAACUAGGUCAGGAGGAAAAAAAUCCAAGGACCUCAAAUUCCUACCGAUUUGGAUCUCGUAGGGGACAAACCUUCAAAACAAACUGGUGGUACUUCGUUACUUUGUUAGCAUUCUCGUUUUUAAACGAAAGAGAAGAGAGAUUGGACAUUACCUAGUAAUUUGUUCUUCCACCAAAAAAGAAGUUGUGAGGCAAGGUGCGAAAAGCUUUGUCAAUGAAUUUGAGUAAUUAUGGCGUUCGAGGUGCGAGAACGUAACCCCUAAUUUGUGUUGGGUGUUCUGUGCAUUAUUGGCUUUCCUGUGCAAUUAAUAAGGGAACUUUUUUCGAGAAUUGCAUUCAUCGUCGUCGUCGUCGUCGACGUCGACACAUUAUGAGGCGCUUGCUUACGUUUUACCUCACUUUGACGCGUUAACUCAAGUGGUGAUUCGUGUGUCCUCGGCGUUCAUCUUUCAAACGUUUGCUGAGUCUGCUAUUCUGUCUUCGUAAAUCGUUCAUCUCAGUUUAAAAGUGUGCUGAAUCUUCGCAAAGCGCACAUAUUUAAGAGUUUGCUGAAGGUCUACUAUUGAUCUGUGUUUAAUGAAUCUUCCGAAGCGUUCAUCUUUCAAAAGUGUGCUGAAAGUUUACACCCUGAGUAAAAUUUUACUUUGGAUUAAGCCUUCAUAUUUUUUUUUUGGUAAAUGCGUGCUACUCCUGGUGCAUGCAUCAAACCGGGUUGUUUCGCUCGGCGUCCGUUGUGCCACAAAGCAAAUUUACCGGCGAGUUGUGAAGCUCAGCGUCUGUUGUGCCAGGCGGCCGUAGUGCCACAGAGUAAAUCUACCGAGCUGUGUAGCUCGGCGGCCGUUAUUCCACAAAGUAAAUCUACCGAGAAGUCAAGCUCGGCGGCGGCCGUUAUUCCACAAAGUAAAUCUACCGAGAUGUCAAGCUCGGCGGCACCAUUUCAUCAUGUCUUGUGAUAUUUUCGUUAGUGGACAAACGAACAUUUAAGCUCUGUGUUAUUUAUUCGGAAAAACGUGACCAGCCCACAGUAGUGCCACUUAAGCCACUGAAAUCAAUACACUCGACCAAAUUACUGGAAAAGUUAUUGACGUGAGCCGCACACACAUUCCACUGAAGGCUUUGUUGAUUCCCCUGAAACGUGUGUGAAAUUGAGAGGUGUAGUGGAAGUGAACCAGUGUUCAAACACAAUCAUUGUGCCCCGGCAUUCACCACAAAAAUGUGGUCUUGGGUCGUUCUUUAAUAUCAUCACAAGUUAAGAAGACUUGUCAGUAACGGUUUCCGGCAUUUUAUAGCCGGUAAAUUUCAGUAAUUGUCUACAUUUGGAAUUCCCAAUAUUAAAUAAAAUGAAUGAUUACAUCUAAAACUUUGUCAACUGUUUGCUUUUUAACAGUAACUGGGCCAGGUUGUUCAAAGCUGGAUUAAGAUAACCCAGGCGAGGGUUAAUGCGAAAUUUGAACUCAGAUCUGAGAGCUUCAUUUUGCCAACAAGUUGAUGAUUGGACGCUCUUAAAAAUAACUGAGAAAAUUAUCCAAAGAAAUGUUUUUUAACAUAAGAAAAAGAAACCCGGGUUAAGCCCUGAUCGGCCGUCAAACAACUGCGCCUUGUAGAACAUCUAUUGCGCCAGUAAAACAAAAAGUUCCUUUUACACGCCCGAAGCACUCUACGUCACUCUGGCCAGUGUCUCCUCAGAUAACAAGCACUUGAGACGAACCAUACGAUAUCACGCUGAUCGCUAGCCUUCAAAACCUUUUCAUUAUCAUACACAGUUUAAAUCGGGGUUUCGCUGUACGCAACUGUUACGUUCAAAAUAUGCGAUAAUCAUAUCUAUCGCGAGAACCAUCGACCCUUUCCCCUCAACUGCUACCUGUACGCCUAGCAAACAUAUCGAACGCACUCUUCUAAGUACCUAUUACUCCUAGUUAAAUAUGAGAGAAUCCUCAGUCCAAGUACGAAAAAAAAGGAGCGCAAGUUUAAGACGGCUCAGGUUUCCCGUGACUUUUCUCCAAUCCCCAGAAGAUAAUAAUUAACUUUGGAUUUAAGUUUCUAGAUUUUAGUCGGAAGAAAAUGGAAGCGUUUUGAUUCUUCCCACUCCGACCACUGCACUCAUGACUCCGCUUACGAGUCCUAGCCUUGUACUUGUGGUGUCAGCCAUUAUGACGGGAUACGUUGACCAAAUAAAAUUACUACCUUUUUCAACAAACGCGAUGGCAUUGUUACAAAUUGCGACAGCUUUUAUAAUUAUAGACUGCAAAACAGUCCGUAUUUUUGCGUGUACGCGCGAGCAGUCAAACAAAUGAGGCUGAAAACAGAGAGCAAGACUGGGGAGAGACGCUAAAAAUACUAAUAAUUUUUUUUCUCUCGCCUCACAAGCCCUACGGGCGUUUGACGCUCGCGCGCUUCGCGCGCGUAAGACUCUUACACCACACACUCUUUAUCGAUUUCUUUACUGAUUUUGAGAAAAAACUGACUGUUUUGCAGUCUAUUAUAAUUACAAAGCGCGACACGGUUUGAAUUGCCAAUUGCAACAGGACACAUGUUGGUAAUUGGUGGGUGUAAAACUAGGAAACAUAGGCACGCGUUCCCAGUUUAUUAUUUUUCGCUCCUUUUGGCUAUCUUCGCAGGCGGCCGUCGCAGUUUGCCAUCAUCUAUUAGUCUUUACACAUUGUUCAUAUCACCUUCGAUGUAACCAACCAUGGGCUUCCUUCUGGAAGCUGAUUUCAAUACGUCUAGUUUAUAGUGCGAGACUUCUUUAAGAAAUAAUCGAGCAGUUUUUCAGUAUUCGACCUGUGUUUAAUUUUCACAGACUUGCUCUUCACAAGUGUAAUAUGCCUGCUCUCAGCAAGAGCUUUUCCUUUCCAGGGCUGUAAUCCGGAGGCAACAUCAAUUGUGUGGGAGUGUUUUGAUUGAACAUUUUAUAAGAGUGGGGUAAAGGAGAGGUUCCACGCACGCCUGACGGACAUUUAAAAGUAGAAAUAACGCACCACGGGGAUUAAAAUACCGUGUUCACGUUUCACGUAAAUUUCCAAAGAAACAGAACAGUGCAUGGCUGGACCUGUUCAGAAUGCCGCUGUCUGCAGAGUUAAUGAUAAGAGUCGAUCUUUUGAUUUUUGUGCCUUCCAGACAACUCGUGCAGAGAAGUAACGGAAGUCAGCUAAACAUACAAUGAAAUGUAGGUGAAGGUAAACUGAUGAUGACCCCGGCUAAUGCUGACGGAUAUAUAGUACUCAAAAGGAACGUCAUUUGCCUUUCCCUUAUCUCAAAGUUGAGACAACCGGGAGGCUUCUGCUACGAGCAGUGACUGGUCGUAGAAAAGUCAUUUCAUCCUCGUUGUCGUCAUUGUUUAUCGCAUAGGCUUUGCUCCCGUCAGCGGAUUUUUCUAAUCGACAGAGUUUUAUUCCAAUCGAGGAUCCUAGACCACGCUUUUCGGACUUAGCUUUCAAACCAACGUAAUCAAUGAUGUGGCGUUUAAGAGCUUCAAGAGAUGAUAUCUUACUGUUUAUGGAUAUUCGAAUUCGUUCUUUACCUCCAAGAAAACCCACGGAUCCCACAGAUUUGGAAUCUACACAAUAUCUUUCUCCGUUCAAGUUAAAAACGUAUCCCUCUAAUUUAAAAACUGUCGGCCAUCGCAACCGAGAUCCCCACGCAAACCCCACUUGUGUUAGCUCCACGAAAAUGAGAGUUGAAUUAUGAUUGGUUAAAAAAUACUGACUCACGAGCUCACGGAAAUCGUUUCCCAGCUCGAGAUCGCAUACGCUUCUUUCUCGGCGGGUAAAACAAGAGCCGAAAAAGUUGUCUGCUCUCGCAGGCUAGGUCAUAGUUCAGGACGACAUUUGUAGGAACGACUGUAAGGGCCGGUUAUGUAGAGGGAAGACCAACGUAGUCCGUGGUUUAAGAAACCAUUGGGACUACAGAUCUCUUUCUAAGUGGGUAAUAUUGUGAAAAUAAAUGUUUCUCCCGUCUAACCUUUUGUUGCCAUGAAACAUUUCACGAUAAGCGGUGUUUAGAUAAAAGCGCUGACAAAAUGGAAAAUGGCUUAGAACACGGUUUUGUUGAACUCUGGCUAAACUCUGGCUAAAUUCCGUCCUUAUAGUCAUUUAAGACCUGUUAAAAGAGUUUAUUUGAAGCACCACUUGCUUCACUGUAAAAUUUGUUUUUCACGAAAAAAAAAUUGGAUGAAAAUCACGAAUAUCGAAUGAAAGAUUUUAAUGUUCACGUAUCACGACAAGCAACCAUUCACAGUUCCCGGAUUUUCAUUUCGUAUUUUCACCUUUGACGAAAAUUAAAAGCACUUAAUCCUGUAUCACGCAAUAACCCCUUUCACCCGCUCUUACAACGCUUUUUUUGUUUAUUUAUUUAUUUAUUUAUUUUAUCGUUGACCUAGACUUUGUAGCGGUACUGGGUCUGGAACGAAUCUAUGUGUGAAGUAACGCUUAGGGUCUUAAAAUUAGUGAAAAAGAAUAUUUUGCCUUAGUUUGUUUCAAUUCUGUAAGUGGUUAGUCUGUUUUUUUUUUUUAUACGGCAGGCUCUUCGUCUUUUUAUCUCCUCUGCUCUUCUAGCAUUAAACGUGCCCUAGGUUGAAUUUCUUGAAUUAUUUCCCAAUUUUAUUCGAGUGGGUAAUAAUGUUUAUUCUAUGUAAGUCUGCGCUAUCAAGUAUUUAGUUGUUUCUCUAUAACAUCUUCCGCUUUAGGAAACUUUAUCCAUGUUUCAUGACUGAAUCAACAACUUGGAUCCCAUAGGCAGAUUUGGAAGAAAGUUUUGGAAUAUUUACUUGCUAAAGUUGGGGGACUUGAAGAAUUAUCUUGAAAAAUAAAAUGUGCAUGCUGAUGCAAGUUGGUGUUAAUGUUUUAUUCCUGGAAGGAUUAUGCUGAAGCAUUAAUUUUAUCUCAGAGAAUUAAAAUAUUCGUCUCAGUAACAGUUUUCUCAAAAAAGAGAAAAACGAAUGAUAAAAUCCUACGCUUUGGAGUCGGCAUGAGGGUAACCUUCUCACGGCUGAACUCCCUACAACACCUAACUCUACCAUCAAACAUCCCGUUCAAUGGAAUGUUUUUGAGCAGCAGCCUUUACAACUGCCUAAAUAUACAAGAGAGUCUGCCUAAACACGUACACCAUUAUCCAGCCGUGUUUUUUUAGCUCCAAAAUUUACAAAUAACGUAAAGCUCACGAAACAAGCCUACCGAUGUGAAAUGGAACAAUGUGUCGCACAUAGCGUGUGUGAUGCGGAGUAUGUAGGUUAGACGCGCAGACAGUCACAGGAUCGUGUAGAGGUACAUAAAAACCAUCCAUCCCAACAGUAUAAUAUCAUAGACCUAAAGGUUGCUAUCUAAUGAGACGUUUGUGGGCCUAAGGAAUUAUAGAAAUACCUUGACAAUUCAAGAUGCUCAAGACAGCUAAAACCGAAUCUAAACGUGCCGUGGGUGUAUCACCCAUAAAUGUAAUAAAAACGAACCAUUAAUGUAAUAAAUUAAUAACCGUAAAUGUCGUAAAAUUGUGACCAUAGAUGUAAUGAUCUAGCUCACCAUAAAUGUAAUAAAUUUUAACCAUAAAUGUAAUAAGUAUAGAAACUGGUAUGAAAGCGAGUUCGUUUCGAUAUUUAUGGGAACAAGUAGUGUUUAAGAGGUUCUUAGAAUUUCAAGCGCAGUUUUGUAUGAUAAACAAAAACGUCAGUUUCCGGCUGUCCACCGCUACUACUUUAAGCUGGUUUGCGAUCACCUAUGCGUUCCGCUUUCUAGAACCGAAGGUUUUUUAUUAAUUAUAACCAAACAGAUGUCGUUGGAUGAUUUAUUAAUGUUGCUUAAUUCCACUUUUUCCCCAACAGGGAAUCGCGCCAUUGCUGUAGCGUGAAAGUAUCCGAAGACUGCACCAAGCCUUAAAAGAGUCCCCGGCGAAAGUUAGUAUGAUGUCGACAGUUCAGUAAAAGAGAACGAAAGAAAAAUCGAUGGACAUUCCAUUGGCCUUGACUUCUUUUUAGGAGGGAUAAAAAGGACUAACCAAGAAACUUACUAAUACCCAUAAAUUUCUUUGUUUUCAAUGCAAAGAAUAAUAGAGAGCUGCUGGAGUACCUCAACAAGGAAACGACAUAAAAACCUUCGAGAGAAAGGUUGGCACAUGUAUAUUGCCAAGUACCUGAGAAAGAUUUCUACAUUUCCACUAAAUUUCAAGUACUACAAAAGAAUCUUAAAGGCAGGCUUCAACACUGUACAAAGACUGUGCUAAAUAAAAAAAAAUUCAAUUAUUGGUUUGUUGCUGCAGGCACUGAGUUGGGGAAAGGACAUGCUCAGUAUGCUCGCCAUGUCUGGCAGUGGCCCUGGAUAAAUGCAGACCAUCAUUAUUACACCAUACGUGCAUAACAUGAUUUAUCAUGUCCCACAAAUGAUGAAAAAGCAUGGCAGUCUGAGGAAGGUUAGUGGACAAGGUAUUUUUGUCAAUUUAUAUGAGCAAGUGCAUGGAACACGGGAAAUGAAUCACCUGCUCUUCCAUGACAGACGAUACAAAUGAAUACAUAUUUCCUAAAGUCUUGGUUCUCAAAAACUCUGAUUAUUCAAACAGAAACUUUCUCUCCACAAUAGAAAUUCCGUUUGGUGAAUUUACAUUCUUUCAUCCAUUUUUAGGUGUAUAGGCGAAAAUGAUGACCUGCGUCGGUAUUUUCACCGAAAAAGCAAUCGCUGGGAUGCAGUCACCAACCUUGUGCUAAGUGAAAACGCCAGAACGAACUACGUGACAAGAAUGGGUGAAACGGGUGUAUGCAAAAAGGGAUGAAGCGAAGCAAGUGAGGAGAAUUUGAGCAGGACCAUCAAUUCAAGUUAACACGGAACCCCAAGCCAUUUGACGAUAGUGCGUUCAGAGAAAAAAGUGAAGAUUUCAGAACUUCUUGUUCUCGAAACUGCAAAGACAGGAAGGGUAUUUAACACAUAAUAAGAAAGCAAGUGUUAAUAGACAAAUUACCCUCAUCUCGGGGAAACUAGUACACGUUACUCUUACUAGUAGGUUAAACAUAGCUAAAACAAAAUUCUCAAAUCUGAUUGGCUAUCAACAAAUGUCCUGUUUUCAGCAAGAAUAGGUCAGUAUGAAAUCGUUAUUAAAGGGGGAGGUGUCACUUGAACGACGCACACGUCCCCGCAUGUGCUAGGUUAAGUAACUAUUUCAAAUAACUGUUAUUUAAGGGUGGGUGUCACUUGGACUAGCUACACCUUCCCGCAAGUGCUAGGUAUAGUGCCCUUAAAAAUUAUUACAGACAAGGUAUUAAGCUACUCUUUCGCAUCUAUAGAGAACUUCCUAAUUUCACGCGCCCGCUCUAUAAGAAAUUUGUGAACACAGCCAAAAAAUGUUGUUUUUUUUUCUAGGGUCAAAUACGGUCAGACUUGCGGAUUCUACUCCAGAAACAUUUAACGAAUUAAAUGAACCUGAAUUAGAUCGAUGAAGUUUGAAACAGUUUGAAUUCACUUUGUAAGAGACGUUUUGGUUCGUUGUCCUCCAAAAAUGGUGCUGCCAUAGCAACAUGACGACUUUCCUCCUCCAGUACGUCCUUUGUGAGGGAACAGCAAGACAGGCCAGACUAUCUACUACGCUGCUACGCUACUACGGCCUACUUGCAAAGAAUAUUGAGGGUUUCUUUAUGGUAAUAGUCGCCACACAGUGUACUACGCUACUACGGUGUACUUGUACUUAAGAUUUACUUCGGUUUAUAUGGUAAGACUUGUGAUACUGUAUACUACGCUACUACGCUACUACGGCCUACCUGUAAAGAAUAGUGACUUUUUUUUGUAUUGUAAGACUUGUCAUACAGUGUACAACGCUACUUCGCUACUACGCUGCUACGGUGUACUUGUACUUAAGAUGUACUUCGGUUUAUAUAGUAAGAAUUAAUUGUGAUACCGUCUACUACGCUGCUACGCUACUACGGCCUACUUGCAAAGAAUAUUGAGGGUUUUUUUAUGGUAAUAGUCGCCACACAGUGUACUACGCUACUACGGUGUACUUGUACUUAAGAUUUACUUCGGUUUAUAUGGUAAGACUUGUGAUACUGUAUACUACGCUACUACGCUACUACGGCCUACCUGUAAAGAAUAGCGACUUUUUUUUGUAUUGUAAGACUUGUCAUACAGUGUACAACACUACUACGCUACUACGCUGCUACGGUGUACUUGUACUUAAGAUGUACUUCGGUUUAUAUAGUAAGAAUUAAUUGUGAUACCGUUUACUACGCUGCUACGCUACUACGGCCUACUUGCAAAGAAUAUUGAGGGUUUUUUUUAUGGUAAUAGUCGCCACACAGUGUACUACGCUACUACGGUGUACUUGUACUUAAGAUUUACUUCGGUUUAUAUGGUAAGACUUGUGAUACUGUAUACUACGCUACUACGCUACUACGGCCUACCUGUAAAGAAUAGUGACUUUUUUUUGUAUUGUAAGACUUGUCAUACAGUGUACAACGCUACUUCGCUACUACGCUGCUACGGUGUACUUGUACUUAAGAUGUACUUCGGUUUAUAUAGUAAGAAUUAAUUGUGAUACCGUCUACUACGCUGCUACGCUACUACGGCCUACUUGCAAAGAAUAUUGAGGGUUUUUUUAUGGUAAUAGUCGCCACACAGUGUACUACGCUACUACGGUGUACUUGUACUUAAGAUUUACUUCGGUUUAUAUGGUAAGAUUUGUGAUACCGUUUACUACGCUACUACGCUACUACGGCCUACCUGUAAAGAAUAGUGACUUUUUUUUGUAUUGUAAGACUUGUCACACAGUGUACAACGCUACUACGCUGCUACGGUGUACUUGUACUUAAGAUGUACUUCGGUUUAUAUAGUAAGAAUUAAUUGUUGUACCGUUUACUACGCUGCUACGCUACUACGGCCUACUUGCAAAGAAUAUUGACGUAUUUUUUUAUGGUAAUAGUCGCCAUACAGUGUACUACGCUGCUACGGUGUACUUGUACUGAAGAUUUACUCAAGAACUAGACGUUAGUGAAAAGCUAUAAUACUGGUUAUCUCUUACCAAGAAAACCCUUUUUUUGGACAAUAAUUAGACAACAACAGUAUCUGUUGAGAAAAAGGUCUUACAAGAAAGAAGAGAUGAAAAAGCUACUAGCUAACUUUACUGUAAUGAGAAGUAUAAAAGACACAGCAAACAGUGGUUGCAAGUGCAUAUCAGUGAUAAUAAAUUCUUUUCAUUUAACCCAGUAGUUUGUUACAUACUGCAAAGAAAGAUUACGCAUAAAACUACGCUACUACGCGUAGUACGGAUAUUUUUUCAAAUUCUUGCUCAUAUUUCUCGCCGGGUAUACGUAUAACGGUAUCUUUCGUAAUAAAAAUACGUGACGGGCACAUCAGAGAAAUUUCAGAGCCCCGGAAGGGUGGAGGGGCUGGGUACUUCCUGAAAAGCAGUUAUGCUUGUCGGAAAAUUAGAAUUAAACCAAAAUGGCCCUGACUCAGUCUCUAUUGAAACCUAAGAACACCAUACGAAGCCCGGAGGGGGAAGGGGUACUUUCAAGUGAGGGGGGCAGUUGUGCUUGUCGAAAAAGUAGAAUUAGUGGUUCAGGCUCUAUUUGACCCCUUAGGCACACCAUGCAAACCCCAGAAGGGGGAGGGGUAGUUUCAAGUAAAGGGGGGCAGAUAUGCUUGUCGAAAAAUAGUGGCUUGCCAUCCUGAACACCUAAGUAACACCAAAAUCUGCACUUAACACCCCCUCCUUUCGUUUAGGACUCCCUCGGGUAGCGAACCCAUGUUCACAUCCCACCCGUCCCAUUUUAUCGUGUGUUCAAUCCCCCCCCCCCCCCUCACCCCAUCGCCCGUCAAAUUGCGCUCCAAGUUUCUUGACUUAUUUUUAACCCUUUCUGGUAAUUUUUAAGUAAACUUUUGUUUUUGUUUACUUUUCUAAUUUUAGGUUAUCCAAUGGGACCAAUGGAACUGGCAGAUUAUGUAGGACUCGACACGACAAAGUUUAUUAUUGACGGUAUGUUUUGUAGUCAAGUCCAAAGUAAGACGAAAGUGCAUCUCUGCCCUUCGGAUUCUAUUUAAGUUGUGUCAUAUUGUUGCCUUGCAAAGCUUAUGAUUUGUGCGUAGGCUCAACGUCGCUUAUUUUUGGUUCAAUUUUUCUCAGUAGGCGGAUGCGCAAGUAGUUACUCGUAUUUGCCAGCGCAGAUAAUACGAAAUUUUCCAUGAAACCAUGGACAUGUCCUUGAAUUAAUUGCACUGGCAAACACCGUCCUUGAAGAAAUUUUCCAAAGGAGAAAACAACUCUUCCAUGUUCAAAAAUAAAUAAGGAGACUUUUCCCAUAUUUUCCCGUCUAUAAUGCCUUGGAAAACUAGCCUCCGAUCAGGCUCACUUGUGAGAGUUCGGGGAAAUAGGGACCUUACGAAAACACGACGACGACAGCAACGGGAACGUCAAACACAACUACGACGUGAAAUGACCAAAUUUUAAGUUUACUUGGGAACGGGAACGGCAAGGCGAUAAAUUCUACCAUCUCUGUCCGAACUUGAGCGCGUUUCCCUCUGUUCAGCUCCAGCCAAAAUCCCCUUCCUUUCAGUACCAGGGCGAAUUGGGAUAAUCGCGACGUUUUCAUGGACGUCGCCGUUGUCGGAUCGUAAGGUCCCUAAUGCUUGGCGGCGGCGCCUUUUACGCGCGCCGCGGCGUAGCAAGCGAGUCGAAUGGGGCGAGGAAAAGUGAAUUUCUAGUGUUUCUGAGGCCUUACACGUUUGUCCAAAAAACAGCAAACAUCCCGCCGUAAAAUUUUGCUUUCUCGCCUUUUAACCGUUUUCUUCCCUAUUUAUUUCACACUUUCUCUCUCUGCUCAUAAUUUUUAGGAAGGUUGUCUACACCUGCAUUUUCAAAAUUCUAUGCUAUAAAAUACAAACCUUUGGAUAUCGUCUUCAUUUUCUUGUCGUUUUUAUAUUUCAGGUUGGCAUGAAGAAUACCCAGAUGUGCCGCUUUUUGAGCCGAGCGAAAUUCUUAACGACCUUGUCGCUCGAAACAAGUUGGGCAGGAAGACUGGAGAAGGAUUCUACAAGUACGACUAG